AUGGCAGCUUCCAUGCAGCGCAUGCUCUGGCGGCAAGUGACGGCGAAGGCCGCCCCUGCCUCCAUCAAGGUCUCUGCGUCCGCUUCUCGAUUCGCGGCAAAGACUGCCUCUGCAUCGCCAGCCUUCUCGACCUGCUCCUCCACCACCUCGCGAGUCCUCCGAAACACUGCCCAGCGCCAGCCCAAGUUCGGGAACUCAAGCUUCCGCCGCACCUACAGCAGCGAGGCCCCCAAAGGCAACAAGGCCGCUGUCAAGUUCUGGCCUUUUGUCCUCGUCAUUGUUGCUGGAUCUGGUGGUUACGCACUGCUGGUAAACAAGAAAGCAGACGCCAUGCAUGCCGCGAAGCAGAACCCUCAGAUCGGUGCGCCCUCAAAGCCUACCCCGGCCUUCUCGCCCGACAAUGUGACCGUUGUCUUCGUCCUUGGCGGACCCGGCGCCGGCAAGGGCACUCAGUGCGCCAACCUUGUCAGGGACUACGGCUUCACCCAUCUCUCUGCGGGAGACCUUCUGCGUGCCGAACAGGAACGUCCCGGCUCUCAGUUCGGCGAACUCAUCAAGAACUAUAUCAAGGAGGGGCUAAUUGUUCCCCUCGAGGUUACUGUUGCGCUGCUGGAGAACGCGAUGACUGCUGCCAUAGACCCCAGUGGAAAGGGUGACGUCGCUGGCAAGAAGGGCAAGUUCCUCAUUGAUGGUUUCCCUCGCAAGUUCGACCAGGCCAUCAAAUUCGAGGAGGUCGUCUGCCCCGCCAAGUUUGUGCUCUUCUUCGAUUGUCCCGAGUCUGAGAUGGAGAAGCGGCUGCUCGAGCGCGGCAAGACCAGUGGCCGCGCUGACGACAAUGCCGAGUCGAUCCGCAAGCGCUUCCGCACCUUUAUCGAGACUAGUAUGCCCGUCGUCGACUAUUACGAGAAGCAGAACCGCGUCAUCAAGAUUGACGCCCGCCCUCAGCCUACCGAGGUUUACAAGAAGACCCAGGACGCCCUGACCGCCCGUCUCGGCAAGGAUCUUUAA